AUGAAGCUGUCCAUCUCUGCCGCUCUUACUUUAGCCAUCGCGGUUCUCGCCGCUCCGGCUCCUAUGCCCACGCCGCCCGGUAUCCCUACCGCAAGCAGCGCCAGAACCCAACUUGCCGGCCUCACUGUCGCCGUUGUCGGCUCUGGAACUGGUUACUCCCGCGACCUGUUUCCCACUUGGGAUGCCAUCUCUGGUAACUGCAAUGCUCGCGAAUAUGUGUUGAAGAGAGAUGGUGAAGGCGUCCAAGUCAACAACGCUUGUGAAUCUCAGUCCGGCACCUGGAUCAGCCCUUAUGACAACGCCAGUUUCACAAACGCAUCCAGCUUGGAUAUCGACCACAUGGUACCUCUAAAGAAUGCCUGGAUCUCCGGUGCCUCAAGCUGGACCACAGCCCAACGCGAAGCUCUCGCCAACGACGUCUCCCGUCCCCAGCUAUGGGCCGUCUCCGCAAGCUCAAACCGCUCCAAGGGCGACCGCAGCCCGGACCAGUGGAAGCCUCCUCUGUCCAGCUUCUACUGCACCUACGCCAAGUCGUGGAUCGAUGUCAAGAGCUUCUACAAGCUGACAAUCACCAGUGCCGAGAAGACGGCUCUGAGCAGCAUGCUGGAUACUUGCUAG